GUGGCGGUUCGUCCCUGCCGACGACCCUCAGCCUCGAUCACCAGCAAUUCAACAUAUUCCCGGCGAUCUUCAGCCGGCAACUCAACUUCUCCGCGGCGGCCGCCGCCAAUUGCGGGCAGAACAAGCUGAUGGACGAGCUCAGGCCGAACCUGGGUCUACUCGGCGUCGGCCUGGUCGAGAACGACAGCUUCCACCUGAAUCACAAUCAGGAGAAGAGAAAGUGCAGCAGCGCCAGCUCGAAUGAGCAGGACUUCGGCCUGUACGGGGUACAUCAGGGCCUGGAGGCGAGCCCGCCGACGCCCGCCGCGACUCCUGGCAGAAGCAGCGUCGGGGCCACCACGACUGUCGGAGCAGAAGGCGCUUUUAAAAAGUUAAAGCCUGACCCCUGCGCCUCUAGUCCUCAUAUUGGUCACACACCUACAACGGCUAGUUGUCCAACACCCGCCCGACGGCGACACAGGACUACCUUUACACAGGAGCAGCUGGCAGAAUUGGAAUCGGCGUUUGCAAAAUCUCAUUAUCCGGACAUAUACUGCAGGGAGGAAUUGGCGAGGACCACCAAAUUGAACGAGGCCAGAAUUCAGGUCUGGUUCCAGAACAGAAGAGCGAAAUACCGGAAGCAGGAGAAGCAAUUGCAGAAGGCUUUGACACCAAUUCCCGCCUGCCAAGGUGCCAUGAUGAGGAAUAUCUAUCCUGGUGCUAGCAGAGGUUAUCAACCCUACCCCCAUCCUCACAACAGCAUAAAUGGCAUAAAUCGUUAUCCCCAGAUGGGCACGACGUCUUAUCCGAGCAUGACCCAGCCGUUCUCCAUGUCGCAUUCAGCGUCGAAUAUGUCGGCCGUUACCGGUAUGCGACAAGAUGCAAUGGGAAUGUCAGCGGAAGACGAAUGGUACAACAAGAGCAUCUCGGCUCUGAGAAUGAAUACAGCCCACCACCCCAACCUGGCCGCACCCAUGUUACAAUAUCAAACAUAAUUGUAAACGGAGGCGGGAGGGCGAUUCAAGGAUCUCGUCAGAAAUCCGAUGUCAUACUUAUGAUCGAACCGAUCGUAAUCGACGGGGAAUGAGAAACAAGAGUGUAAAGUGACGAGAUCGACAAAGCCCGAUCGACGUUUCGCCGUUUCGCAAACGAAAAAGGCAAGAGAUAAAAGCAGAAAUACGGAUGAUGAUCCCAUUUGCGUUACCGCCAAUCGGCCUCGCACAGCCGCAUCGACAUCCUGAUUUCGCGACACAUCCUCGCUUUGCACAGCAAACGAGCUCGAUUCGCAAUAUAUUGCGAAUACACGCGCGUGAAAGCUCUCAUUACGUUUUGGAUUUCGUCACAUAUAUUGUCCGGGCAAGCUAAAUGUUAUUAUUAAGCUCGACGUUAAAUUCGAUUAAACGCUAUGAUGAAAUGACUGCGUUUAUUUCGAGCAUCCGAAAUGUGAGUUUCAGGGCGCGAAAGUUGAUUGCGUUGUGCGAAAAAAAAAAAAAAUAUUGUUGCAGAUCAAUUCAAUUGGUACACUUAUUUAGAAUCUUGCCUACGACUGCUCGUGUGAUUACCGCGACAUAGAAUGUAUUACGAUCAACGCACAGAUUGAUAAAUCGCUAAUAUUCUCUAAUAUCGCGCAUUUUUUUCUUGAAUUUCUCGCUUGAAUUUA